AUGGUUUUCGAGUCCCUGGUUGCCGAUGUUAUCAAUCGGUUUCUCGGGAGCUACCUCGAGAAACUGAAUGCCUCCCAGCUAAGAUUGGGUCUUCUGUCAGGCAACGUGGUUUUGGAGAACGUUGCUGUUCGGACCACUGCUUUUGAUGACUUAUCUUUACCAGUGCGUGUACUCCAUGGACAUAUUGGUCGCCUCACUCUUCAAAUUCCUUUUAAAAAUCUCUAUACCGAACCCGUAAUUGCCGAAUUGGAUGGUUUGCAUAUUCUAGCCGUCCCAAAUUCCGGUACGUUUAUCUAA